AAAGUAUUGGGGCUCACCGUCGCCUAUCAGCGGCUUUGCCGGGAUCCCUCGACUUUGGUAAAGUAGGUUAUCUCGUCCAACCAGAAGCGCCUAUUUUUGGAGACCAGUCCACCAAACGUCGAAUUGGUCGCCGACUAAUUGUCCGCUGCGCUCUGGCAACGUGGACAGAUUGCCCUGUCUCAGAGAGAAAAGUCAGGACCGACGAGGCGACCCACCGGCCGACGUCGGAUCAUCCAGUAGUUCCGCCAGUCCCGCCCGUUUCCAUCAGGUAAUUCCAGCCAGGCCCGGUCACCGGGUAGAUUCGUAUCACCGACGAGCAAAAAGAGUCCAGCCCCCCGCACGACGAGUUCCCAACAGAACCAUCCAAAGCAACAAUCGUCCAAGCACCACCACCAACAACAUCCCGAACAGCACCGACUUGAUAGCAUUCCAUAGCAGCCAUGGCCGUCGAUAUUCUGACCAAGAUCACCUCCGCCUUCGGGCAUAACCUCAAGACCGAUGUCAAUCGGUUCGACGAGCUCGUGUUGAGAUUGAAGGAGGCGCUUGGCCCGUCGUCAGGACUUGACUCGGCAGACGUUGAUGUCAACGAGUUGAUGAAGUUAAUGGAAGAGUAUAACACAACGGAAAGCGAAUGGAUACAAUUUGCAUUCGCCGAGAAGAGCAUGGGAUACACCCGCAAUCUUGUUGACGAAGGCAACGGCAAGAGCAACCUGCUUGUGCUUGUCUGGUCGCCAGGCAAGGGAAGCCCCAUCCACGAUCACGGCAAUGCGCAUUGCCUGAUGAAGAUUCUGAAAGGCGAUCUCACUGAGAUCCGCUACGCCUUCCCAGAAGGCAGCGAAGAACAACCAAUGCAAAUCAUCUCUGAAAGAACACACAAGGAGAAUGCGGUGGCAUAUAUGGCAGACGAACUUGGCGUCCACCGAGUCUGCAACAAGGGCAGCGACUUCGCUGUCUCCCUUCACCUCUACACUCCUCCCAACGUCGCCAAGGGUGGUUGCAACAUCUUCAAUGAGAAGACGAGCAAGAGGAGUCAUGUAGCAAAGUGCGGCUACUACUCGGCAUACGGCCGCCGACUGCCGAAGCAGUAAAUGGUGAUGGUGUCGAUGUUCUCUUUUCGUCCUGGGCGUUUGCGUAUUUGGCUUCGACGACUAUCCGAGCUUGGAUUUGUCCUGUUUGAUAUACAACUGGGGGAUGCCGAGAGCCGUAGAACGCUUGUCGGUAGCCUGAUGAAUGAUGAUGGCAUGAAUGCUCUAUCCACCGUAUAUAGUGGAUGUAUACCGUCGGCGAGCUCAACCUGCCGUGUUUCCGUAUGUUUUUUUGGGUACCAUAAGAUAGCAAAUUCAUCACAGAAUUACCUGAGA